CCCUUGCUGGUUAAAGAGAUCUGUCACGCAUGAAAGGCAGCGCGAGCGCUCGGAAGGUAAAAAACAAACAAACAUGAGCACUUUUCUAAGCAAAAUACAUUGAUUUCUGAGUGUAGAAACGUUGUUUUGGGGAUUUCUGGUCCAUUUUUUUUCCCGAGAACGACUUUUCUUUAAAAGUAGAAAAAAAAAAAAAAAAUCAAUUAAAAAACAAGAAGAAUGUGGGAACAGGAGGAGUUUGAGAAGCACUGGAGGAAUGAGUUUCCUGACGGUGAGGUGCCCAGGAUGAACCUGUGCUCCGUGGAGGACAUUGAGAACGAGCUGGAGCACUGCAAAGCGCGGCUCAAAAGCCUGCAGCACGAGCUGGCGAUGGAGAAGUUCAAGGUGAUCUACCUGCAGACCACCAUCGCGCAGAAGAAGAAGAGUUACGACUCGGAGAGAUGGGGGAACAAGGAGCACGACCUGGAUGGUGCAGCGCCCAAACCUGAAAAGACGCAGCACCAGGAAAGCAUGCGAGCUCCCCCGGGGAUCAGGCUGCACGCUCUCGGGAGCAGGAGCGUCGAGGAGCCGGGCGGAGUGCUGCCCAGAGGGAGCAAGACGGGUAAACCUAUCCUGGUUCCUCCGCGGAAGAAGUCCGCUUUGGUGAAGGAGAACGCUCCAGGUUCAGGCCCAGGUUCAGGUCCAGGUUCUUCACAUGUCCAUGAUGAGUGUAACUCAAGGAGACGGGACUCGGAGCGCGACAGCGACAGAGAUUACGACGACGUGGAGCUCAAUGAGAACUUCGUGCGGAAGAACCUGAUCGAGCCCAAGGCGCGGGAGAGCCGCAACUCGUCUCUCAGACCCUUUCGCUACAGUAAGGAUUUUGAUUCUGGGGAUGACGGGAGAUUAUCGCCUUCUGUGCCGCUCAGAGGGAGUGUCGGCUCGGGCCGCAGCACACCGGACCGGCGCAGUGACGGCUACCUCAGCUCCGAGCACGAAGACUCCUCCUCAGUAGAUUUUAACUAUAACACAGACGGUUAUGAGGGAGAGGGAGCGGAAGACAGGAAGUCCCAGGAUGGCUCCGAGACCAUGCCCUUCAUCGACGAGUCUCCCACGAUGUCCCCGCAGCUGUGUGUCCGGCCCGACGGAGACGCCGUGUCCCCGACACCACCUGAAGGCCUUCUUCCUGGGGGCGACACAGAGAAAGGUCUGGAGAUGAAGAAGCUGGUACUUUCCGGCUUUCUGGCCAGUGAGGAGAUCUACAUCAACCAGCUCGACGCCCUGCUGCUGCCUAUGCGUCCUUUGAAGGCCACGGCCACCACGUCCAAGCCUGUGCUAACAAUGGAGCAGAUCGAAACCAUCUUUUACAAGAUCCAAGACAUCUACGAGAUCCAUAAGGAGUUUUACGAUGCCCUUUUCCCCCACAUUCAGCAGUGGGAUGAUAAGGUCACAGUCGGACACCUCUUCCAGAAGCUGGCCAGCCAGCUUGGCGUGUACAAAGCCUUCGUGGACAACUACAAAAUGGCCGUGGAGACGGUGGAGAAAUGCAGCCAGUCCAACUCCCAGUUCCAGAAGAUCUCCGAGAACGUCAAAGUCAAGGGACCGAAAGACUCUAAAGAUUGCACCACUAUUGUCAGCAUGGAGGCACUCCUGUAUAAACCCAUCGACCGUGUGACACGCAGCACCCUUGUUCUUCAUGAUCUGCUCAAACACACUCCCAAAGAGCACCCGGAUUUUCCUCUGCUGCAGGACGCACUCCGAAUCUCCCAGAACUUCCUGUCCAGUAUCAACGAGGAGAUCGAUCCACGCCGGACCGCCGUCACUACCCCCAAGGGAGAGGUUCGUCAGCUGGUGAAGGACGGCUUCCUGGUGGAGGUGUCUGAAGGCACACGUAAACUCCGACAUGUCUUUCUCUUCACUGACUUGCUGCUGUGUGCCAAGAUGAAGAAGACUGCAGUGGGGAGGCAUCAGCAGUAUGAGUGUAAAUGGUACAUCCCGCUGGCUGAUCUCACCUUCCAGACGCUGGAUGACUCAGACUCCUGUACACACGUUCAGACGCUUGCCGAGCAUGAGAUUGAGGAGAUGAAGAUCAAGAUCUCAGUCAUCAAGAGUGAGAUCCAGAAAGAGAAGAAAUCUCAGAAAGGCCAGAGCCGCAACGUGGACCGCUUGAGGAAGAAGAUGAAUGAGCAGGAGUCGUGUCUGCUGAUACACUCUCCCACAAUCCCUUUCCGCAUUCACAACAGAAACGGCAAGAGCUACUUGUUCCUGCUUUCCUCAGACUAUGAGAGGUCAGAAUGGAGAGAGAGCAUUCAGAAGCUCCAGAAGAAAGACCUCCAGUCAUGUGUGCUGAGCUCACUGGAGCUCCAGGUCCUCACCAGCUCCUGCUUCAAGCUGCGCACCGUCCAUAACAUCCCUGUCACAACUAAUAAAGAUGAUGAGGAAUCUUCCGGCCUGUACGGCUUCCUGCACGUCAUCGUCCAUUCUGCCACCGGCUUCAAAGAGUCAGCCAAUCUCUACUGCACACUUGAAGUGGAUUCCUUUGGCUACUUUGUUAGCAAAGCCAAGACCCGUGUGUUCCGAGACACCACCGAGCCACACUGGAACGAGGAGUUCGAAAUUGAGCUGGAGGGCUCGCAGUGCCUGCGCAUCCUGUGCUACGAGAAAUGCUACGACAAGUCCAAGCUCAACAAGGACGACAACGAGAUCGUAGACAAGAUCAUGGGCAAGGGGCAAGUGCAGUUGGACCCACAGACUGUGCAGUCCAAGAACUGGCAUGUGGACGUGAUUGAGAUGAACGGGAUUAAAGUCGAGUUCUCGAUGAAGUUCACGAGUCGGGACUUGAGUUUGAAGAGGACACCUUCGAAGAAGCAGAGCGGUGUGUUUGGAGUCAAAAUCAGCGUUGUGACAAAACGCGAGCGCUCCAAGGUGCCUUACAUCGUGCGUCAGUGUAUCGAAGAGGUGGAGAAGAGAGGGAUCGACGAGGUUGGAAUCUACCGCAUCUCCGGCGUGGCCACCGAUAUUCAGGCGCUCAAAGCAGCCUUCGAUACCAACACCAAAGACAUCCUGGUGAUGUUGAGUGACAUGGACAUCAACGCCAUCGCCGGCACGCUGAAGCUCUACUUCAGAGAGCUGCCCGAGCCACUGCUCACUGACCGCCUCUACCCAGCCUUCAUGGAAGGCAUCGCUCUGUCUGAUCCUGCAGCCAAGGAGAACUGCAUGAUGCACCUGCUGCGCUCUCUGCCCGACCCCAACCUCAUCACCUUUCUCACCUUACUGGAGCACCUAAAGAGGGUGGCUGAGAAGGAGCCGGUGAAUAAGAUGUCACUGCACAACCUGGCCACCGUGUUCGGCCCUACGCUGCUGAGACCGUCCGAAUCCGAAAGCAGCAAACCCCACAUCACACUGGCCUCCGAUAUCUGGUCCCACGAUGUCAUGGCACAGGUCCAGGUGUUGCUUUACUACCUACAGCAUCCUCCCAUCUCCUUCGCCGAGCUGAAGAGGAACACGCUCUAUUUCUCCACGGACGUUUAACCCCCAACACAGAGACACUUCCAUCCAUUCCCUCCAAACACCAUCAUCGAUUUCCUGUACAGAAUUCCACCCGCGCAGGAGACACCGGACAGAGACGGCUGCCUCCUUCCUGUCCUCGUCUCGUGCCGUUCUGAGCGUGUGUGCGGUGAGAGCAGCGGCCACACCCCCUCUGCCCGGACAGAGAGCUGGAGAUGGAGGAGGAUUGACGGCUUUGAACUUCCACCUGUCAAACAGGACGUGUGUGUUUGUGCCUGAAAGCGAGAGGCAUGAUGGGAAGUUUGCCACCCCAGUUCAGUGACGCCGGUGCAAGAGAUGUGUUCGAACUCUCUGCUAAAUUUUUUUUUUCUGUUGGUGUUUAUUCUGAGGCAUUACAGAAAGCAUUCAUGCAUACCACCACAUCUGCAUUUCCUACAUAUAUUAUUAGUUUACCAGCUCUUCUGGUUUCGUUUUUGGCUUUUGCACAUGUCUGAACAAAACUGUGUGUGUGCGCGCGCGCGCGUGUGUGUGCGUGUACAUCUAUGUAUGUGUGUGUGUGUGUCCUUGCGUUUUCUCCAAGCUGAGGCUUUGAUAGGAACUCUGUACUUGGCUGGUCACGUUUUAUUCUCUGUCGAAAAGCAGACAUUUCCUGACCAUUCCAAGGCCAAAAUCCUUAUUUAUUAUAAAAAAAUAAUCUAUACGUGUGCCUGUACAGUCUAUUACAUCAUGAUGACUUAGUUUGAAGGGUUUUUUUUUUUAGUGACUUUUUAUUUUAGCAGAAAUUUUCUUGUUUAUGGUCAGUACUGACUGAGCUGUACUGUAAAAAAAAAAAAAAAAAAAAAAAUCUUAAACAGAGAAGUAAAAUAAACUUUGACCGUUAAAUCGACCUGGUUUUUGGAAUUUGAUUGAAUUGUAUGGGAAUUACACCAUGUGAUCAUAUCCAAAACACAGUGUGAUGAUGUGUGCAGUGGCUCUUUUUGCAUGGAUGGAUGCAAAGGCAUAUAAAUGCAAAUGUUGCUUUUAUAGAUCUUUCUUUCUUUUAACCUGACUCCAUGACCAUUUAGUUUAAAGAGAACACACAGAUCUUUCUGCAGUGAAGCCAGUGACAUUCUCCUAAUCAGCACUGUUAGAUAUCUGAUACUCCUUGAUGAUAUUUUUUAAUAUUGUAUUUUACUUUUGCUGUAAAGAUAUUCCGUAUACCACAUUUCCGAUAAGGAUAAUUGUUGAUGUGAACAUUUUUUUUCUUCUGUUUUUAGUAAAAUAAAUAAAAGUGUACAGGAA